AUCUCCGACGGACCUAGCCUCAGCCCAACACCAACCUCCAUGAUGGAUCUCUCCCUCAACCUCACCAGCACCCACGUCGUAGUCACUGGCGGCGCUGGUCUGAUCGGCCGAGUCGUCUGCGAUGCGUUCGCAGCCGCCGGUGCAAGGGUCUCCAGUCUUGACAUCGCCCAUGGGGAAAUCAGUUAUCGGGGCCCCAAUGCAGCUAUACUGGAGAUACACUGCGAUAUCUCAGACCCGGAGCAGGUUGCCGCUGCUUUCGAAACAGCGUAUGGCUUCCGCAACAUGGUCCACUGUUGCGUCGCACUCGGUAGCUUGGAUCUCAGUGUUCUUGAGCACACAUCCACUAUCGCCGCCGCAAGCUUCGAACAGAUGAAGAGAGUUCUAGAUGUCAAUGUUGCUGGGACUUGGUUGACAGCGCGGGAGUGGUUAAGGGGUCUGAAGGGUGUUAUAGAUGAGAAUAGACAAGAGAAGGAAACCGCGAAGAAUGUGGGAUUGAUAAUCGUGGGAAGCGAAAGCGGGUGGUUUGGAGAAAGAGGGAAUGCGGACUACGCCAUGGCGAAGAGUGCGGUACAAGGAGGAUUGCUGAUGAGUCUGAAAGCUGAUGCUCCGAGAGUUUGGGAGGGUGCUAGAGUCAACGCGAUUGCUCCCGGCGCAGUCGAUACGGAAAGGUUCAAGCAAGAGUGCCAGGAGAACCCUGAGCAAUAUUGGCUUGACUGUCAAGGAACGACUGCUCUUCGAAAGCCGGUCUCACCGGAGGCUGUUGCAAAGACCAUUUUAUUUCUCGCGAGUGAAAACUUCAGUGGCCGUAUCCAUGGUCAAGUUUUGAACGUAGAUAGUGGAAAGCAAGGAAAGGUUAUGUGGACUAAGGAAGAGUGCAAGUAGUGAGUCUACGGAAAAUAAGAGAUUAUAAGUAUUAGUUCCAUGGCCUCGAGGCAUGGAGCGAGAUCGGGUUGACUAGAUCAUAAUUUCUUUUCUUUGAUGAGUAUCAUGAGCUUUCUACCAUUCCAAAGUCACUGCUCAUGAUUUCAUAUACACAUGCGCCUUCCUCUAGGUCUCAUUGUGCAGGUCUUUCCAAAAAUGCAUCGA